CUUCCUUCUGUUGCUCUCCGUCAGGAUUACCAGUUCUACAUCCAGAACUUCACAGCCCUCCAGCUCGGCAUCGUGGUUCCCUCCGGCAGACAGGCCACCUUUGAGUACUCCUUCAUCCCCGCGGAGCCAAUGGGAGGGCGGCCGUUCGGACUCGUCAUCAACCUCAACUACAAGGACGGCAACGGAAACAUCUUCCAGGAUGCCGUGUUCAACCAGACGGUCACUAUCACUGAGAGAGAGGAUGGACUGGACGGAGAGACGAUCUUCAUGUACGUCUUCCUGUCAGGCCUCGGGCUGCUGGUCGUCGUCGGCCUUCACCAGCUGAUGGAGUCCAGAAAGGUACGAAUAGAGGACAGAAGUGACGACUCAGCGCUAUGUCCACCCAGCGUGCAGUGA